CACCAUAGAAAAAACAUCAUUGAAAAACAAAAAAAAACCAGUCGCAUUAGUUAAAGAAAAACAAAUAGAAAAAUGAGUUCAAAAACAAUUAUCUCGACAAUAUUUAUGCUUCUAUUGUCGAUAUCUAUUCCUAGAGCACUAUCAAUUGAUGUUGAUAUAACAACACUUGGUGCUAAAGCUGAUGAGAAGACAGAUAUUAAUGCAGCUUUGACGGAUGCUUGGAAACAAGCAUGUGGAGCAAAAGGUGCAAGUAAAGUUAUAAUUCCAAAAGGGAUAUAUCUGUUAAGCGGUCCAAUUAUAAUGGCAGGUCCUUGUCAAGGAACAAUAGAGCUUGUAGUUGAAGGAACAUUAAAAGCUCCUGAAAGUAUAAAAGGAGAUACAUGGGUCAGUUUUGAACACGUUGAUCAGUUUACAAUGUCUGGUGGUGGAAUUUUUGAUGGUCAAGGGCAAAGUGCAUGGGGAAAAAAUGAUUGUGCAAAAGAUGCGACAUGUGAUGCAAUGGCUUAUAAUUUAAGGUUCAAUUACCUCAACAAAGCUUUGAUCCAUGAUAUAACUUCCCUCAACAGUAAGAAUUUUCAUGUCAAUGUCUUGGGAUGCAAUGACAUUACCUUUAAAAGCUUCACAAUUACUGCACCUGCAACUAGCCUCAAUACAGAUGGAAUUCAUAUUGGACGAUCAAAAGGCGUUAAUGUUAUUGACUCAAAGAUUGGCACCGGUGAUGAUUGCAUCUCCAUUGGUGAUGGUAGCCAACAAGUACAUAUCACAAAUGUAAAAUGUGGACCAGGCCAUGGCAUUAGCAUUGGAAGUCUAGGGAGGUAUCCUAAUGAAGAGCCUGUGUCUGGAAUCUUCGUUCAACAUUGUACCCUCUCAAAUACUGAUAAUGGUUUGAGAAUUAAAUCUUGGCCUGGACUAGAAAGUGGUACUGCAGCUGAUUUGCAUUUCGAAGAUAUUAUCAUGGAAAAUGUGAAGAAUCCUAUCCUUAUAGAUCAAAUGUACUGUCCAUAUAAUCAGUGCAACCAUAACUCAGCAUCAAAGGUAAAGAUUAGUAAAGUUAGCUUCAAGCGUAUAACAGGCACUUCUGCAACUCCUCUUGCUGUUCAACUUGUUUGUAGUAGUGGUCUCCCAUGUGAAAGUAUAGAACUUGAAGACGUUGAUCUUAAAUAUACUGGUGGCGGCGGUCCUGCAACAUCUGAGUGCAGUAAUGUGAAGCCGAAAAUUGCAGGAACAUUUACUGUAGCUGGAUGCGAAGCUUAAAAUCACAUCUGCAGUAGUGUGGUUUGUAGUUGACGUAUUCAAAUGAAAACAAUAUUUUUGUUUUGAGGAUCACCCAGGUUUUUUAAUGCUUGUAAGCAAGCAUAAGUGGUGAACGCCCUUCAGUUUAUUAUCGAUAAAUAAUAUAUUCUCUUUAAUUGCCCAAA